AUGAAUGCUGCAGUAGCAGCGUCAGCAGCAGUGGAGGUGGUGUUUGUGGUGGUGUUUGAGGAAGAGACCGAUUUUGCUGGCCGGCGAAACAAGCAACUGAGACACAAAGCAGAGGAGAAUAAACCCAAAGAGGAGGAGAGGAGCGAGGGAUGGCUAGGAGGAGGAGGUGCAGCACCAAGAGGCUGUGGAGUGACAGAUAAGCUCAGAGAGAACGACAGAGUGGAUUUGGGGAGGCUGGAUAAGAGCGAGGUAUCCACGCUGCCUUUGCCCCCCUCAGUGGCCCAUGGCAGCUCAGACGGGAACAUCAGUGCGGAGGGGGCAGGGUCUGUGUUGGGGGCAGGAUCAUGGCAGGUGGAGGGGCAAGGGGAGGGGCAGCGAACACGUGCUGCACUGGAUCACCUGCAGCAGAAGAUACUGAAGAUCACGGAGCAAAUCCGCGUGGAACAGGAGGCGCGAGACAACAACGUGGCUGAAUACCUGAAACUCGCCCACAACGCCGACAAGCAGCAAGCGUCACGCAUCAAACACGUCUUCGAGAAGAAGAACCAGAAAUCCGCGCAGAGCAUCGCGCACCUGCACAAAAAACUCGAACACUACCACAAGAAGCUGAAAGAAAUCGAGCAGAACGGUUUGGCGCGUCAGCCCAAAGACGUUCUGCGGGACAUGCAGCAGGGCCUGAAGGACGUCGGAGCCAACGUGCGGGCCGGCAUCAGUGGCUUCGGAGGGGGAGUGGUUGAGGGUGUGAGGGGCGGAGUCUCUGCACUCAUACGCAAUAAGUUCGGCAGCGCGGACAACAUCGCCCACCUGAAGGACACUUUAGGACCCGGUCAUACAGAGGACACGCCCCCUCGUGCCCUCAGUGGCAGCGCCACGCUCGUCUCUAGCCCCAAGUACGGCAGCGACGACGAGUGUUCCAGCGGCUCUUCCGGGUCCGGGGCCGCCAGCAACUCCGGAGGGGGCGGGGCCAUCUGCAUGGGAAGCCCACGAAUGGAUGGACACCAUCACCAUCAUCAUCACCAUCACCAUACAUCUGCGUCAUGGGACACUCUGCUGGAGGGACUGCAGGAGAUCAAAGCUAGUCAGGUGCAGAUGGAGGAUGCUAUGGAAGAGAUGAAGACACAGCUACAGAACGACUAUUCCUACAUGACCCAGUGUCUCCAGGAGGAGAGAUACAGGUAUGAGCGUUUGGAGGAGCAGCUCAAUGACCUGAGUGAACUCCAUCAAAAUGAACUGAGCAACCUGAAACAGGAGCUGGCUAGCAUGGAGGAGAAGGUGGCCUACCAGUCAUAUGAGAGAGCUCGAGACAUUCAGGAGGCAGUGGAGUCAUGUCUGACGCGUGUCAGUAAGCUGGAGUUGCAGCAGCAGCAGCAGCAGGUGGUGCAGUUGGAGGGUGUGGAGAACGCUAACGCUCGCGCUCUGCUCGGAAAGCUCAUUAGCGUGCUGCUAGCUCUCAUGGCGGUGCUGCUCGUCUUCGUCUCCACCGUGGCCAACUUCAUCACCCCGCUCAUGAAGACCCGUGCUCGCAUCGCCUCCUCCGUGGCCUUCACCCUCUUCCUCAUCACGCUCUGGAAACACUGGGACUGGCUCGAACUCUGCUUCAUGUCUGGCUAACUCACAUGACUUCAGAGCUCUACCCCCUGCUCCUGCAUCUGUGAAGAACCGAUGAAGCUCCUCAUAUAAACACUGCUCCUAGCACAGAGAUGGUAAGUGGGCCACGUCCCAUUUACACCAGAUCUGUCUGUAUCUGGUCCAGGUCUGGAGUUCAGCACACUGUCAUGGCCUGAAACGCUCCGGUUUAACUCCUCACAUUUAUAUCCCAUAUUUUCUGGACUAUAAGUCGUGUUUUCUUGCCUGCUUUGGAUCGGACUUACGGUAGGUCACACGGUAAUAGUGUACUUACGCUAGGUGAGACGUUCCAGCAGUUAAAGGAGGAUUAAAGGUUUAGGUUCACUACCUAGUGUUAGCUCGGCUCUAACGUCACGCUAAAAACCUUCAGUAGCGGAAAUUAGCAUUAUUGUAGCCGGUCAAAAUCAAAGCGUACUGGAACCUCUGGGGCUCCUGCAGUGAAACUCCCAAAUUCAGCUCAUGUACGUGGAUCACUGACCGUCACAUCACACACCCAAAUGACCACAGUGAAACUCCAACUCGUGAAAUGCCUCGUAGACGGCUCUGUAGAGUCUACAGCAUCGCGGCCCUCCACUGCAGCCUCCGGGUAUUUCUAACAGCCCUGAGCUACAGCAUCAUGGCCACUAGGGGGCAAUGCAGCACUGUAUACACCCAGUUCUCACCAUCAGCUCAUGAGUGUGACUUAUAGUCCAGGAAAUAUGGCAGGUGUGUCGGAGGCCAUGCAGCACCGCAGACCAGCUAGCUUCACACUCUGACCUUCUGAAAGAGAAGAAAAGACGAAAGACACGUGGAAGGGAGUUUAUAUAUUUUUUCACCUUUCCGGAGGACUGAAUGUUGUCACGUGACGUGUCUCACGUCAGGAUGUUGUCUGGAGUCUGUGUGAGAAUCAGAGACACGUGUAAGUUUCAGCACUUCUGCUUCUUUUCAGCCUUUCAUCCGUUUCUGUUGUAAAAAAGUCUGAGCGUUCAGACCGCAGUGAUAUUCUAGUGAAAUACAGACGGAGAACACAGAACACAGAUACACAGAACACAGAACACAGAACACAGAUACACAGAUA